UGUCUUUCUUCUUCUCAGAGAGCAGAGCUGACAUCUGAUAAGGACAUGUACCUUGACAACAGCUCCAUUGAGGAAGCCUCGGGAGUCUAUCCUAUUGAUGAUGAUGACUACUCUUCUGCCUCUGGCUCAGGAGCUGAUGAAGACGUAGAGAGUCCAGAGCUGACAACAUCCCGACCAGUUCCAAAGAUCUCGUUCACUAGUGCUGUUCCCAAAGUGGAAAACAUGACACUGAAGACACAGAGCAUUACGCCUGCUCAGACCAAGUCACCUGAAGAAAUUGACAAGGAGGAAGUUGGCAUCUCUGAGGCAGAAGAGAAGCUGGGUCCUGCUGUAAAAAGUACAGAUGUGUACACAGAGAAACAUUCAGACAAUCUGUUUAAACGGACAGAGGUCCUAGCAGCUGUCAUCGCUGGUGGGGUGAUUGGCUUUCUCUUUGCCAUUUUCCUCAUUUUGCUGUUGGUGUACCGCAUGAGGAAGAAAGAUGAAGGAAGCUAUGACCUUGGGGAGCGCAAACCAUCCAGUGCAGCUUACCAGAAGGCGCCUACUAAGGAGUUUUACGCGUAAAAGCUCCCACUAAGUGUCUCUAUUUGGGAGAUCACUGAACUUUUCAAAAUAAAGCUUUGGCAUAGAAUAAUGAAGAUCUUUGUUAUUUGUUUUGUUCAUUACAGAGCCAUACUGGCCCUUUAAUGAUAAAAAAAAAAUCCCAUUGUAUUUAAAACUUUUCAUGUAUUUCUUUAGAAUGACAUAAAAAGUAAAAAAUUUAACAUCUGCAGUGUUCUGUGAAUAGCAGUGGCAAAAUAUUAUGUUAUGAAAACCCUUGACAUUCAUGGAAUUGGUUUGAACAUCUAUGCGCAAAUACAAAAUGAUUGUGUUUGUCCUCUGGUUCAUCAGCUUGUCUCCAAUUGACCUUACCAAGUUGGUCUUUGUUAAUUUAUCUCUUGUCCCUCUUCUCUGCCCUCCCUUCUUGUCCCCUUCCUUAAAAACAAAACCUUAUGCCUUUUGUAGCUGUCACGGUGCAAUUUGUCUCUGAAUGAUUACAAUAAUGGUAAUUUGGUGUAUAUGUGAUUUUUUUUUUCAAAUAUGUAAACCUACUUUAUGUACUUUUUAAAUGUCAGACUAUCCAUUUUACACUUGCUUUACUUUUCAUUACCUGUAGCUUCAGGCAGAUUUGCAACAGCAAAUUAAUGUGUAAAAUUGGAUUAUUACUACGAAGUUGUUUAGUUCUAGUGAUCUAAUCAGAUCUUCUUUUGGGAGGAUUUGACGUGAGUAACUGACAAGCCUCAGAAAACCCAAAGAUGCUAACAGUAUUUUGAGAAGUUGCUGCAGAUUCCUUGGCCACUGUGCUUGUUAAUUUCCUGCAAUUUGAAGGUACGAGGAAGACUUUAAAGAAAAAAAAAAAGAUCAGCUUUUGUUCUUAAAAAUGCAUUUAAGUUGUAAACAUCUUUGUAAGCCUUUGAAGUGCCUAUGAUUCUAUGUAACCUAUUGCAGACUGGUGUUAAUGAGUAUAUAUAACAGUUUAAAAUACAGCUGGUAUUUUAUAAGCACAGACAAUUCUAAUGGUAACUUUUGUAGUCUUAUGAAUAGACGUAAAUUGUAAUUUGGGAACAAACAAACUACUGAAUAAAUCAUGUGGCCUAAUA